AUGUCAGAAUCAACAGUCCAUCUUCUUAAUCAGGCUUCCGGAUAUGGUGUCCUUGUCGGUGUAGGUGGAGGUUUUGCCAUAGGUAUGGUUAUAGUGACGAUUUUGUUGAGAAAAUAUUUACGUGAAGACAACCAAAGCACAGAAACGUUUGCCGUUGCCAAUCGAUCAGUCGGCACUUUAUUGAGUGCUUCCGCCGUCUACUCUAGUUGGAGUUGGGCAACAGAAUUAUUAUGGUGUACUACAAUGGUUUACAAUUAUGGUAUUCAAAGUUCAUACUAUUACAUGUCUGGUCUUGCCGUGCAAAUUGCAGUGAUGUCAAUGGUUGGAAUUCAUGCUAAAAAGAAGAUUCCACAAGCACAUACGAGUUUAGAGCUUAUCGAAUUACGAUAUGGUAAGGUUGUGCACAUUUUGUACUUGUUUCUUGCAUUGACAAACAACUUGCUCUCAUGUUCAAGUAUGAUUCUUGGUGCUUCGGGAGCCAUUUCCAUAAUUGCAGGAAAUUUGCACAUUGUGGCUGCUACUAUCUUGACGGUUUUUAGCGUCUUGUGUUAUUCAGUUUAUGGUGGUUUGAAAGCUACAUUCUUGACCGAUUUUGUACACACGAUGAUUUUGCUCAUCAUUUUGUGCUAUUUAAACACCGCUGUAUUAUCCAAUGUUGGUGGUUUAGAUGCAUUAUACGAUGCACUUGUUGCAUUUGACGAGUCAGGUGUUAGAGAGAUUCCUGGAAACUACAACAAUAGUGUUAUAACCGGUAAAUCCAAAGGAUCAAUAUUGUUUGGAUUGAUCUUGACUGCUGGUAAUUUUGGAUUAUCGGUUAUGGAUAGUUCAUUUUGGCAAAAAACUUUUAGUGCUUCUCCCAGAGCAACGGUGCCAGCCUACCUUACUGCCGCUUUUUUGAUCAGUUCAAAUGUUUGGCCUUUGGGUGCGAUUAUUGGCGGUGCAGCCAUUGUGUUGGAAAACUCACCCAGUUUCCCUACUUAUCCACGAAAAAUGACUCAGUUUGAAGUUGAUUCUGGGUUUGUUUUGCCAUACGCAUUAAUGGCUACUUUGGGUAAAGGUGCAGUUGGCGCAUUGUUGUUGAUUGUUUACCUUGCAGUAACCUCUACAGUGAGUGCUCAAAUGAUUUCUGUCUCGUCAAUCUUGUCAUUUGAUAUCUAUAAAAAAUAUAUCAAUCCCACGGCAGGAAACAAAUCGAUGAUUGCAGUAUCCCACAUUGGUUGUGUCAUUUUCACCUUGGGUGCUGCCGGUUUUACCAUCAUGUUGCACUAUGUGGGCGUUAACAUGACUUGGUUUGGCUAUUUCUACCCAUUAAUCAUUUGUCCCGGUGUUAUUCCAUUAAUUUUAUCCAUCACAUGGAGCAGACAGAAUGUGUAUGCGGCUUUUAUCUCGCCAAUAUUGGGUAUUGUUUUUGGUUUCACUGUAUGGACCACUACAGCAUACAAACUUUCUGGUGAAGUUAACAUCACUACUUUGGGUGGGCAAUUACCUGCAUUAUAUGGUGCAUUAACUGCAUUGUUUCUUCCCGGUAUUUCGAGUUUGAUCUUGUCUUUGGCCAUUCCUUCGGAGUUCGACUGGAGUGUGUUGCAAACAGCACAUCUCUUGGUGAAGGAAAAGACAGACUCUUCAGAAAGUUCUGAUGAAUCAAUUGCCUUGGCAUCACAAGAGAAACAAGAAGAUGACGGUAAGCAAGAAGUUCUCGAUGUCAAUUCAGAGUCUAAUGAUUCGAGAGAAUCAGAAAAGCAUGCUGAAUUGGAAGCCCAAAAUGAGGUAUUUGAUAAGAGUCAACAGUUGACCCCAAAACAACUUGAUUUUUGGAUCAAGGUGUCUACUGGUGCAUCGGUUUUCAUAUUAUUGAUAAUGUGGGUUCUUUGGCCAUUACCAUUGUAUCGUGAUUGGAUUUUCUCCCGUGCAUAUUACAAAGGGUAUGCUACGAUGGGCUUAAUUUGGUUGUACGUGACCAUGUUGGUGAUUGGGUUUGGUCCAUUGUAUAGUGGAAGACACUCGAGUGCAAAGAUAAUCAAAGGUGUCUGGAAUGAUUAUAUUAGAAGAAGAGGAAAGUAG